CUAUCGAUCUGUGAGCGUAUAUGCAAUGAGGAAAAUGCGGAGUCAAACAGGUAUAAUGUCAGAGAAAGACAACAACCCCCAGGUUACAACAAAUGAAAUACCAAAUUCGCCCCACCCUUUGGAGGAAUUCAAGAGAAUCGCGAAACAAAUCAAGAAUGACAUAACUGAUCAGAAAUUCGCAAAGCAUAUGGACGACAAUGACCCCCUUCGGAGUCUACGGCAGGAUUUUUGCUACCCAAAAAUGAAGGAUUUACUUGGCGCGGACCUGAGCUUGGUAGACCCUAACGAGGACUGUGUGUACUUUUGUGGAAACUCCUUAGGUCUGUGUCCGAAAAUGACGAAACAGUACAUGGACGUUCAACUUGAGAAGUGGGCAAAAACUGGAGCGCAAGGUUACCACCAGGAUGUGCCCUGGGUAAACUGUCACGAACACCUGGACACAGACAUGGCCAAGAUCGUCGGCGGUAGACCAGGGGAGGUUGCCAUUAUGAACGGACUCACCGUCAACCUUCAUCACCUACUUAUAUCUUUCUAUCGUCCGACUCAGAAGCGACACAAGAUUUUGUGUGAGACUAACGCCUUUCCAUCUGAUUAUUACACUUUCCAAAGUCAAAUAAGCCUGCACGGAUAUGAUCCAGAAACAAGUCUGCUAUGUGUUGAACCAAAAGUAGGUGAGGUAACACUGAGGACUGAGGACAUUCUAGCCAAGAUAGAGGAGGAAGGCGACUCUAUUGCUGUUAUAUGUUUCAGCGGGGUACACUACUACACCGGGCAGAUGUUUGACAUGCUGAGUAUUACACGUGCUGGUCACGCCAAGGGGUGUUACGUGGGGUUUGAUUUGGCACAUGCUGCUGGUAAUGUACCACUAUACCUACAUGAUUGGGAUAUUGACUUCGCCUGUUGGUGUACCUAUAAGUAUAUGAACUCCAGUCCAGGCAGUCUGGCGUGUAUCUUUCUCCACAAUAAACACAAACAGAACGACUUCCCUAAGCUGAUAGGCUGGUGGGGACAUCACCCUGACACUAAGUUCAACAUGGACAAUAAACUAGACCUAUGCACAGGCGCGUACGGUUACAGAGUCAGUGCUCCGCCCGGUCUCCUGUACCCACCAAUAAAAGCCAGUCUCGAGAUAUUCAACAAAACCUCCUUGGAGGAAAUACGAGCCAAAUCAAAGUUAUUGACGGCCUACCUGGAAUACCGCAUCGUAGAAAAGUAUGGACAGACCAAUGGGAUAGCAGAAAAGACUCUAGAGCCGAAAGACGGAGACCUGGAACAUGUACACAUUUUCACUCCGUCUGAUCCAGAGCAGCGUGGUGCCCAGCUGUCUCUCUCAUUUUCGGUCAACAUUUCUUACGUCUUCAAAGAGCUCGAGAAAAGGGGAGUAAUCUGUGACGAGAGGAAACCAUCAGUGAUCAGAGUGUCCCCAGCCCCUCUGUACUGUUCAUUCCAGGACGUCCAUCGCUUCAUGGAGUACCUCGACCAGGCCUUAAAAGCUGCUGCUAUCACAGCCGCGUUAGACAAGGAAUAAAUCUCUAUUAAGGCACAAAAAAUAUUUCUUAAGACAGCUAGAGAAAAUAUACAGGAGUGUUACAAUGCAAAUAUUUCCAAUAUUUUUUUUACAGCAUAUGCCAAAGUUAGUUAGAUUUUCAUGUUUUUUUCACUUCCUGAUUGAAUUUGUUCUUCCAUGAUCUUUUUUGGGUGAACUGUGGAUUUUAUCACUUGCAUGUGAUACAAUAAUCAAGUAUGGAGGUAUACAAGUAUGUUAAUCUCUCAGUUAUAUCAAGAUUGAUAUACAAAACAGUAUAUUUCCCUAGAAUACAGCUAUAUCAAAAGUGAAGUGUAAAAUCAAAGGUGCAGUGUACAUGUAAUCAAACAUUCGAACGACGGCCUGAUGUUUUAUGUGUCAAACUUUAUUUCUAAAUUUUUUUUAAAGUAGAAUUUAAUGUGUACUAAUGUCAUAUGUGCAGUAGUGAGAAAGUGAACAUUGAAGAAGUGCUGUCAACUUUCUGUAAGACCGAAGUUAUGGUCAUUUGUAACAAAGUUUGUCAAAAUGAGAUUUUGUAAAAAGACAAACGUGUUUUUGCAUGUACUGCCCAUUUUGUUAUAAUUCAGUGUUUUUGUUUACAUUAGCGGGCUAGCUCAUCGCCACGCCCCCUAACCCAUAAAAGGCGAUUGCCACAUCCGGGUUCAUAGAUCAGAGGUCAAAGCUCAUUGGUCAGUUUAACUUGGCAGCUAAACAUUUAGAAGAAAUUUUUUUCAGAAGAUCGCCAUCUUUAUUUAUACAGUCGCAGCAAUUUAUUUGAAUUUUCAACAUCUUGUGCUUGUUGGCUUGUCGUUUAUGCUUCAGUUUGCUUACAAACGACUGGUAGUAGAUUUUGAUCGAACUUUUUGUUAUCUCCGCGAGGAAAUUUCGAUCGGUGAAGCUUCCCAUGCAUCAAAACUGUGAGCCAGCAUCAGGAUCAACAUAAAACAUGGCGGCGGUACGCACGCUACAGGAACCGUUCCCCCAAUGACGGCUGUGGAAGAAGAAAACAGACAGGGAAAGUAGACUUUUUGCUUUAAUUGUCCCUUGUAUGUAAGUAACGUUAUAUCUGUAGUUUUUCGAUUUGGCGAUGGCGAAUAAAACUGUGUUGGUUUGGGGGCAUAGCCUCAUACGACGUAUGGGACAAUAUUGUGACGAACAAACUUCCACCACCAAUCUUGGUUUUCGCCAGGAUUCGCACAGUAUACAGAUGGUUGGCUACUCAGGCGGUACCAUUGACACAUUACGACGAUAUAUGGGCGACAUUCAUUUCUAUCGACCCGACGUGAUCUGUCUCCAAAUAGCGGGGAAUGACCUGAGCCGUCCAGAACUUACCCCCGACGUUGUUUUUAAAAACUUUACUUCUUUGAUAGAACAGUUGUUCGCUGCCCCAUUUGUGCAAUAUGUGGUAGUGUUUGAACUUUUCACGCGUCUGAGAACUCGUUCUCAUAGAGGUGAUGUAGACAUUCAUGUGUAUAACCAGAGAGUAAAAGAGUUAAACAGCAGGCUUUCUUCCGCCCUUGACGGGAGUGUUUUUUGUAAAUUUUGGCGACAUGACCGCAUGGCAGAUUUAACCCGACUGUAUGACUCGGAUGGGGUUCAUUUUAAACGACAACACCCAUAUUUCAAGUCUGUCCGAGGUGGUGUUUUAUUUGGACUGAAAGCGAGUGAUAUGGCCCCACAAUUCUAGAUAGACCGAGUAAUGUUACAAUGACUUUUCUUCGAUUUACCUCCCUUACAGCAGUAGACUUCAAGUCAUAUCAUGAGAGACACUAUAUUUGUUACAUUUUAGUGUUGUUGUUGUUUUAUUUUCUUAAAUAUUGUUGCAUAUGUUCAGUUUUAAGCAAUUAGUACCAAUGAACAUUUUGUAAGUUUAGAUAUUUUGUAAAACCUUGCCACAUAAUUUUAAUCAAUUCAUAUCAGUAAUG